AUGUUCUCGCGCAUUGAACGAAGCCUUCUCGAUCGUGGCCACGUCCGCACAGCCAUCACGGUACAGAACGCCGCCAAAGUCACGGCGGCCUUGUGCCCACCAUACUGCUUUCUGAUACAUCGACAAACAGCUUGGGUCAAGAAAAUUCUAGAACGGGAGUUUAAAGUCAUGGAUACAAUCCUAGCCGAGGUUGCCGAUAUCCAAAAUGCAGAUCGUAUCGAGAAACUGCAAAAGCUUAACGGAGAGCUGACACAAAAUGAGAAGGAAAGUCUUGAAGAGAUCCAGAAUCGAAUAUCAGACCAUGAGCAUGCAUGUGGGAUCUCGUUCGCAAAGGAUACUUUCCACCCACUCAGGAAGAAGUCCAGAACGCAUGCAAGUCCAUCGGCGGCUGCUGUGCAUAUAACUGUGGUUGUUGCUAUCGUGACAGAGGCUCAUCCAGAAUUCCUGGUGUAG